AUGUCAUCUUUGAGUUUAGAAUCCACAUCUGUUUCUGACAAUUCUAGCAUACAAUCAGAAGAUGGAUCAGCUGGCUAUUCACCCAAUUCAGGAUCCCUCAAGCAGUUUCUAUUUCACUCGAUGACAACAGAGCUUGAACUCAUGAGUAACGAGCUGGAUUUACUGGUUAAAACAGCAAGUGCCGAUAAACAGCCAUCGUUCAGAAAUGAGAUGGAUAGUUUCUAUUCGAUAUUUGAGAGAUUCUUGAACCAAAAAGACCGUGAAAAAGAGCUAGAUUGGUAUAAAAUCAACAAUUUAGGCCCCGAUAAACUGAUCCCUUAUGCUGAACUGCCUGCUAUUGAAGAAGAUGAUGCAAAAAUUUGUCACCUGCUUUCAAAGCUUGCCGUGGUAAAACUCAAUGGCGGGCUUGGCACAUCGAUGGGCUGUGUUGGGCCCAAAUCCACCAUUGAGAUCCGAGAUCGAAUGACGAUCCUUGAUCUUACAAUUCAGCAAAUUGAAGUACAGACUGCUUGCGCUUACAUUAGUCGAUAA